AUGCGCUUUGUCGGCCGGGAGGAGGUAAUUAAUGCGCUACGGCAACAGCUAUUCACAUCCGACGCCGGCAAUAAAGUCUCUCUUGUGGGAUUGGGUGGUGUAGGAAAAACCCAGGUGGCUUUCCAAAUCGCCUACUGGACGAAAGAGCACAAGCCGGACCAUUCCGUGUUCUGGGUGUCGGCCAUGAGCGGCGCGAGCUUUGAACAAGCCUACACCGAGAUGUCGAAUAAGCUAGCGGUGCGAAAGAGCUCGGAAGACAAGGAUGUCCGGGAAUCUGUCCGACGGUGGCUCGAGUCCGACGAAAGUGGAAAGUGGCUCCUUGUGGUGGACCACGCGGACGACAUGGACGUCUUGUUCGGCUCUCUCGAGAACCCCGACGGGAUCUUUCAGUACCUGCCAGAGCGCGACCAUGGCCGGAUCCUAUUUACGACGCGGUCCCGGGAGGUGGCCAACGCCGUGGAAGGCGAGAUGGUUGAAUUAGCCGAGAUGAGCGCCGACGAGGCGAAGAGCCUACUAGAGAAGUCGUUAGAGAAGUCGUUAGUGCGGGAGGACCUUCUCAGGAACGACAAGGGAGUGGCGGAAUUACUGCAGGAGCUAACCUACCUCCCACUAGCGAUCAUGCAGGCAGCGGCAUACCUGAACAGGAACCGAGUGACGAUCACUAAAUAUAUGGAACUGCUCCGGGGAACGGAGCAGGACAUGGUUAGACUGAUAAGUCGAGAGUUCCACGAUUCCACCCGGCCUAGAGGUUCACGACACGCCGUGGCCACCACGUGGCUAGUAUCGUUCCACCAGAUCCGACAGUCCGACCCUGCGGCCGCCGAUCUGUUGAUGUUCCUCUCGUGCAUUGACCCGAAGGCCGUUCCACAGUCCAUUCUGCCUCUCUUUCCGACCGAAGAGGCAAUGGUAUUUGCCCUCGGGACGUUGGAUGCAUACACAUUCGUGGUGCGGCGGGGAAACUCAAACACGUUCGACACGCACAGCCUUGUGCACUCGGCCACACGGAUUUGGGUUCGAGAAGAGGGGAUCGCGGCUCGGGUGGAGGAGAGUGCCGUUCAGUAUGUGACGAGUGUGUUCCCAUCGAGUGACUACAGCCAGCGAGAUCGGUGGCGGGAGUACCUGCCGCACGCGUUUCGUCUCCUCCGGCGGGACGAUACGAUCGACUUAGGGGAGCGAUAUGAUCUAUGUAUAAAGGUGGGGCAGUGUUUACAAGUUGAUGGUCGGAUCAAGGAAGCGGUCCGAUGUUUCCAAGAAUGCUAUGAUUGGCGGAGGGCGCAUCUUAAUGAGGAUCAUCCUUCUCGACUGGCAUCGCAGCACGCGUUAGCCGGAGCAUAUAAGGCGAAUGGACAGGUGAAGGACGCGGUGACGCUACUAGAGGAGGUGGUGCGGAUUCGAGCGCAGACACUAGCAGAGGAUCAUCCUGAUCGACUAGCGUCGCAGCGCGCAUUAGCCGGAGUAUAUGAGGCGAAUGGACAGGUGAAGGAGGCGAUGCGGCUACUGGAGGAGGUGGUGCAGAUUGAAGAGCGGACGCUGGCGGAGGAUCAUCCUGAUCGACUAGCGUCGCAGCACGAGCUGGCAAUCGCAUAUCGGGCGAAUGGGCAGGUGAAGGAGGCGGUGCGGCUACUGGAGGAGGUGGUGCAGAUUGAAGAGCGGACGCUGGCAGAGGAUCAUCCUGAUCGACUGGCAUCGCAGCACGCGUUAGCAAUGGCGUAUCAGGCGAAUGGGCAGGUAAAAGAGGCAGUGACGCUGCUGGAGGAGGUGGUGCGAAUACGAGGGCAGACACAGGCAGAGGAUCAUCCCUCUCGACUAGCGUCGCAGCACGAGCUGGCAAUCGCAUAUCAGGCGAAUGGACAAGUCAAGGAGACAGUGACACUGCUGGAGGAGGUGGUCCAGAUUAAAGAGCAGACGCUGGCAGAGGAUCAUCCUGAUCGACUGGCAUCGCAGCACGCAUUAGCAAUGGCAUAUCAGGCGAAUGGGCAGGUGAAGGAGGCGGUGCGGCUACUGGAGGAGGUGGUGCAGAUUGAAGAGCGGACGCUGGCAGAGGAUCAUCCCUCUCGACUAGCAUCGCAGUACGCACUAGCAAUCGCUUAUCGGGCGAAUGGACAGGUAAAGGAGGCGGUGACACUACUGGAGGAGGUAAUAUGGAUUCGUGGGGAAACACCGGCGGAGGAUCAUCCUGAUCGACUAGCAUCGCAGCGCGCACUAGCAAUGGCAUAUGAGGCGAAUGGGCAGGUGAAGGAGGCGGUGCGGCUACUGGAGGAGGUAGUGCGGGUUGAAGAGCGGACGCUGGCGGAGGAUCAUCCAGAUCGACUGGCAUCGCAGCACGCCCUCGCAGGCGUAUAUCAGGCGAAUGGGCAGGUUGAGGAAGCUGUCUCACUGAUGCGGCACGUGAUUAAGAUUCGAGAACAAGCCUUGACGAAGGAACGUUUUCCUCAAUCGGUCGGUAGUCCGAUGGAAGAUGAUCAGAGUGAUGGCAAUUUGUCGGAAGUUUCUUCAGGACCUCCUUCCUUGACCAGCGCAUCAACGGACGAUUCCACGGGGGAUGAAUACGGCCAAGCGGUGGAACAUCUCGUUGAAAUUUUCUGCUCCGAUUCAAACAUUGGGCCAGUCUACCGGGAAGCUACCAGACAAUUGGGGGCGCGAAAAUUCAGCCAGAAUCAUGAUCAAUUACUGAAGCUUUAUUUCAGGGGAUUGAGACAUGAAGUCAAAAAUGGGACUGAAUUGGCAACUACACGUCUACUGCGCACCAGGCGGUACCGAAACGAGAUCACUUCUCUUAUUCUAACAUCCGUGGAGCUGUUGGAAGUUGGCCAGGGUCGACUGACACCGAUAACUUUGGCAGGACGCAAAACAGAACGCAACUACAACUUGAAUCAAUUCAUCCGCAGUCUCACCAUCCCCGACUAUUACGACAAUCAUGAGGAGCCGCUUGAUGAGAAGCAGCUUGUUGGUGGCGAUGUUUCCGAAGAUCUCAUCUCCGAGAGCGACGGAUCAUCUACUGAGCCUGAACAUGAAUCUUCAGGCGACAAACAAUCCCCAUUACAGGCCAUUGACAGUUUCCUGACCGGUGGCAGGGCGUUCAACCAGCUACAAAUUAACCUUACGAGCCUGCUACGACCUCCUCACGCCCUGAAAGAUGCGCUGCAAUCCAAGAGUGAAUUCGUUGUCAAGCAAAGCAUUGCUCGGAUCAUAGAUGGCCAGCCAUGCAAAGACCGAGAGACAAUUCUCGAGCUCCGCAAACAGAACCUAUCAGUUACCGAGAUCGCAAGAGUUUUGCUCGGCAAUGCACUGGCCCUGCCACUUGAGAUCGCAGAAGAUCAGAAACCUACACUAGCAGAAAACACCAUGACAUCUGAUGCAUACAGACCGAUGCAUGAUGCUACAUUCACCAAAGAAAAAACACCGAUCAUUGAAACAGCGGUCACGAAGUCAAAAUUGGACAAUCUUACAGAAAGCCAAGUAUCACAAUUCCCGGAAGCUUGGAGCAGCUGCAACAGCGUUUACGGAGUGAGCAUUCUCAAUCGACGGCUCCUUGGACCAGUCUUUGGAGUGGCCUCUUCAUUUGGGCCACCUCAAGAUCGCGUGCGACGGGCGCCGAUCAAAAUGAUCACGACAAAGCUUCAUCCGAAAACCCAUCAGCCCGAGUGA